AUGGACAACAUCGACGAGGGAUAUGACCGGCUCGUUGAACACCUUCACGACUGCACGAAGAAGGCUGAGUGUUUUAAAGCCACCAAGAGACGCCUGUCUCUUGGAACUCUUAAGCUGAUACGCCGGCGUGUAGCAGCACGAGCCGCAGGGAACGAAGAACUCACGUUCGAGCUCGCAAGGCUUUGCAGAGAGGCGACAAGGGAGGUUCUUAAAGAGAGAAAAGCAGAAGUGCUGGCUGAAGCUGCAGAAGCGGGGAAAAGCAUCCGCUAUGCCCGUCGAGACUUCGCCAUUCGCAAGAUGAGGAUGACUGCUCUCCGGAAUCCGGAAGAAAAAACCAUUGCAUCGAGAAGGGAAAUAGAGAAAAUCAUCUACGACUUCUACUCUGAUCUCUUCGACAGCCAUGUCCACUUCCCUCCUCACCAUCUGAGGGAAGACGGACAUGCUAUUCGAGAAGUUCUUCCGUCCGAAAUACGACAUGCUAUUACAUCGGUAAGAAAACGUACGCCACCCAGUCCCGACAAUAAGACCAGAACACCUGAAGAACGUUCCGCUAGUACUCAACAACACCCUAGCGAGGCUCUUCACACGUUACCUGUCGUAAUGCAAGGUUCCUAA